CCAAACCAUACAAGGUCCACGAGGAUUGUUUUAAAGCCACACAUUCGUCCAUUGCUACCAAAUUUUGCGCAUCAACUUGUGCUUUAUGUUGCAAAACACCUCAGUUCAGCGGCUGUCCCGAUAGAACGACUACUGUCGCCUCGUCGAACUGCAGGGAUGAAAGGGUCGAUUGCGCUCGUCACCUACAUUUCUGCCGUGUACAUCCAUUAUCAUCGUAUUAUAGUGUUUAUUGCCGCAAAACAUGCAGUUACUGCUAAAAUCUCUGCUUGUUCUCUCUUGAACAGAGAAAGGCGAAGAGAAAAAUCCCGUGUUCGGUUCAUGCAACAAUGA